AUGGCGAAGUUAGACUCUGAGUUGGGGCCCGGGAGCCUGGACUCUGUUGGCAUUCACCAAUCCAAGAAUCAAUGGCCAUUUGCCAUCCGAGAGUUCCACCUGUGGGAAACCAGGAUAGUGGGAAAACACCCAGCUCGGCCGAACAUUGUCAAGCCCAACAAAGUACCCUACCCAACUAUGGCAUACCUAUACUAA